GACACUUAUCCAUAUACGUACAUUUGAGAAACACAUAAAGAGAAUUUAAUCAAAAAAGCAUAAUAUAAGCAUACAUAGUUGAGCAUUCUAAUCACAAAAACCAUGGCCGCUGCAUCAGCAAUACCAACUCACAUGAAAGCUUGGGCCUAUUCUGACCAUGGCAAAUCAAACGUUGUUCUGAAAUUUCACCCUAGUUUCCCUGUUCCUGAACUCAAAGCAGAUCAGGUACUAAUCAGGGUCGUUGCUGCAGCCAUAAAUCCCAUAGAUUAUUAUAAGAUUGCAGGGAGUUACAACGAUUCGGACGCCCUUUUUCCGAUUGUUCCUGGCUAUGAUGUUGCGGGGUGGGUGAUAAAAGUAGGAAGUGAAGCAAAGAAGUUUAAAGAAGGAGAUGAAGUGUAUGGUAUCGUUGAGGCAAAAGAUGUUGGGUCUUUGGCUGAAUAUACAACAGUACAAGAGAAUGGUUUGGAUCACAAGCCUCCUAAUUUGACCUUUGCUGAAGCUGCUAGCCUUCCUUUGGCGAUUGAAACUGCUUAUGGUGCCCUUCAGAAACUUGACCUUUCUGCCGGUCAAUCUAUCCUUGUUCUCGGAGGCGGCGGUGGUGUCGGAACCCUUGCUGUUCAGAUUGCCAAACAUGUUUUUGGCGCUUCAAAGGUAGCAGCUACAGUCAGCACUGGAAAACUAGAAUUGAUGAGGAAGCUAGGAGUUGAUUUGCCAAUUGAUUAUACAAAGGAAAACUUUGAAGACUUGCCAGAAAAAUUUGAUGCUGUGUAUGAUGCAGUAGGGGAGACUAACAAGGCAUUUAAAGCCCUGAAAGAAGGUGGGAAAGUGGUGACAAUAGUGCCUCCUGGGGUUUCAUCAGCUAUGUUGUUCAUACUCAGCAGCCCUGAUGGGUCUAUGUUGCAGAAACUAAGGCCCUACUUGGAGAGUGGCAAGGUGGUGCCAGUACUCGACCCCAAAAGCCCAUUUCCAUUUUCACAUACUAUUGAAGCAUUCUCCUACCUUCAAACACGUAGACCAGCUGGAAAGAUAGUCAUCUAUCCCAUAUCCCAACAUCUUUAAGUUGUUUAGUUUACAUCAAAAUCUAUGCUAUUUUUCCUCACCAUGAAUUAGGUUUGUUGAAUUUCAUGAAUUUCAUUCCACCACAAGCAUGGUUGUAGUGAUUUGUAGUAGAAGAGUAAUAGUUCCAUUUAGUGACGUUUUAGGAGUCGAGACAAAAAUAUCUAUACUAAAAUAAAUGUCAUUGAGCAUGGUUAAUUAUACUAAAAAUAUAAUGGAGAUAUAAAAAUUAAAAAAAUUAAU